GCUCCCUCAUUAGACAACAGAGACGCGAGGUCAGGAAGAAAGCGCUUAUAAAUCACCCCCGCCUCGCUCGCCGCCCGGCUAGUCGGGCGGUACCUUUCCCCAGGACACACCGGGCAGACGCCUAGAGCCCUGGCCAGCCACCUGAGCCCGCAGCAGGAAGAGAAAAUCCAUUCAGGAGAGACUCUUCUUCAUUGCCUCACCCUAUGGAGGAAUCACCACUGCCCAUCCACAGUGAGGAGGGGACAGAAGUCCCAACUGAAACCAGAAACAUGGCAACAAAGGAGAAGCUGCAGUGUUUGAAAGAUUUCCACAAGGACAUCCUCAAACCUUCCCCUGGCAAGAGCCCUGGGACACGCCCUGAGGACGAGGCAGAGGGGAAGCCGCCUCAACGGGAGAAGUGGGCGAGUAAGAUUGACUUUCUGCUGUCCGUGGCUGGUGGAUUUAUUGGUUUAGGCAAUGUCUGGCGGUUUCCGUAUCUCUGCUAUAAAAAUGGCGGAGGUGCAUUUCUUAUACCUUAUUUCAUUUUCCUGUUUGGGGGAGGUCUUCCUGUGUUUUUCCUGGAGGUGGCGCUAGGACAAUAUACCUCUGAAGGAGGAAUUACAUGCUGGGAAAAGAUCUGCCCUAUUUUCACUGGAAUCGGUUAUGCUUCCAUAGUGAUUGUGUCCCUUCUGAAUGUGUACUACAUCGUCAUCCUGGCUUGGGGAGUGUACUAUCUGUUCCAGUCAUUUCAGAGCGUCCUACCUUGGUCGCUUUGUGGUCAGAAGUGGAACACACCUACUUGCGUGGAAGACACUCUCAGGAAGAACAAAACACUCUGGUUGUCACUGAACAUUACGAACUUCACUUCGCCCGUCACAGAGUUUUGGGAGCGCAACGUACUGAGCCUGUCUACGGGGAUUGAAGAUGUCGGUGUUGUCAAGUGGGAUCUGGCACUGUGUCUUCUCUUUGUCUGGGUGAUAUGUUUCUUCUGCAUUUGGAAAGGCGUCAAGUCUACUGGGAAAGUUGUGUACUUCACCGCUACAUUCCCAUUCGUCAUGCUUAUUGUGCUGUUAAUCCGUGGUGUCACCCUGCCUGGAGCUGCAGAGGGCAUCAAAUUUUACCUUUACCCUGAUGUAUCACGGUUAGCAGAUCCACAGGUCUGGAUAGAUGCCGGGACACAAAUCUUCUUCUCGUAUGCAAUCUGCUUAGGAGCAAUGACAUCCCUGGGAAGCUACAACAAGUAUAAAUACAACUGUUACAGGGACUGUUUGCUGCUGGGAUGCCUGAACAGUGGUACCAGUUUUGUGUCUGGCUUCGCAAUUUUUUCCGUCCUGGGCUUCAUGGCACAAGAGCAAGGGGUGAACAUUGCUGAUGUGGCAGAGUCAGGUCCAGGCCUGGCCUUCAUUGCCUACCCAAAAGCUGUGACCAUGAUGCCGGCGCCUACUGUUUGGGCUAUCCUAUUCUUUGUUAUGCUUCUGUUGAUUGGACUGGAUAGCCAGUUUGUUGAAGUUGAAGGACAGAUCACGUCAUUAGUUGAUCUGUACCCAUCCUUCCUAAGGAAGGGUUACCGACGGGAAAUCUUCAUUGCUAUAGUGUGUUUCCUUAGCUAUCUUCUGGGACUAACUAUGGUGACUGAAGGUGGCAUGUAUGUGUUUCAACUCUUUGACUACUAUGCAGCUAGUGGUGUAUGCCUUUUGUGGGUUGCAUUCUUUGAAUGUGUUGCUGUAGCCUGGGUUUAUGGCGCUGAUAAUAUGUAUGAUGCCAUUGAAGAUAUGAUUGGAUACAGACCUGGUCCCUGGAUGAAAUGGAGCUGGAUUCUAAUCACACCACUUCUUUGCGUGGCAUGCUUUAUCUUUUCUCUGGUCAAGUAUACACCUCUGACCUACAACAAAGUUUACACAUACCCUGACUGGUCAAUCGGCGUGGGAUGGGUUCUUGCUCUUUCCUCCAUGAUCUGCAUCCCAUUGGUGAUGGUCAUCCGCAUUGUACAGUCGGAUGGCUCACUUAUUGAGAGAAUAAAAACAGUGGCUGCCCCUAGGGAAGUGACUCGGUGGGCCAAAGAAAUGGAAAGCACCACCUCAUUCUGCCCCAAUGGAACUCCUAAUGGUGGACUGAUUAAGCCAACUCACGUCAUUGUGGAGACUAUGAUGUGAGCUCUCUCUGUGAGAGGAUAAACCUGCUUUAACUGCCAUUUACUAACCAUAGAUUCUCAUAGGACCGGGUUUACAGAGCUUUAUAUUUGCACUAGGAUUUAUUUUUAUUUCUCACAGAGAAAGUUAUUUUUUGUGGUGUUUUUUCUUUUCUUUUCUUUUUAUUUUUUUUACAUAUUUUGUAAGGUAAUCACAGCAGAAGCCUCUUGCAGGAGGCAGUUUUCAUAUCAGACUAGACCUAUUACAGGAAUUUACUACCAUUUGGGUUUCUAACACGUUAAUAGCUCUCUGAAUAUUAUACAUCUUAUCACUUGAAAUUGAUUUUCUUGCCAGCAAUAUAUUCAAAUCUCAGAAAGCAAUUUUUUUAGGUGCUGGUGUGGUUGGGAACAGGGUAAACCCUAGAACUCAUGAGUGAGUUCUGUUGAGAGAAAUUGCAAAUGAAGAAAAAAAGGUGAAUGUUGCUUCAAGGGAUUGGUUUUCAAAGGUGUAGUGCUUUUCUUCCUCUGGUUCAGGCAGGGUGAAUGACAGAUUUCUGAGUCAUGAUGUUACCUUUGCUAUGGUCCAUGUAAAAAUAUAUAUAUAUAUCUGUUCAACUGGAGGAGAGAAAUUUAUGGGGGAGGGAGGACUGUAGUUAGGAAUUAAAUACCCAAUCAGGAUGCCUGUCCCUCCUGAGCAUUGUGUAAAAAGGCCAGUCACAGUAGAAGACAAAAUACAUAUUGCCUACAGAAGACAUUUUGCCUGAGGAAGGAGUUUUGUGUACAUACCCUUUAGUUUUCCUGCACACCAUAGGUUAGCUGAGGUGUUCCUAGUUUAAACUUGCACUUUGUACAAACAGAACAGUAGGAGGAGCCUGUGCGAUAGCUAAGAUCUGAAUUAUGGAGAGGCAGCAUUCAUGUUUUAUGGAAUUUAAAAUAUAUAUGUAUUUUGUAAACUGUUGGGCUUUGGUAUCUAAAGAAAAAUAUGUUGAGGACAAUGAUCGCACCAAGCUUAACAGCCAGCCAGUUAUUCAUUACCCCAGGAGCAAAGCAGCCCACGGAUAUAUUGUACACCAGGCAUUUCCAGCAGGCACAUUUUUAAUAAUAGUAAUUAAAUGAAGAGGACAAUAAUGCUUAGCACAUCCAUAUGCGCUGUUCAGCCGUAUACCUCAAAUUGGUAUCCCUAUUUAUUUAUUUAUUUAUUUGACUAUUGUUGGUGCAGUGGGGGAAAGCAGGCCCAGGGAGGGAAAGUGACUUGUCCAAGGUUACAGCAACUCAGUGGCAGAGCUAGGACUAGAACUCAGGUCUCCUGACUGACUUGCCCCAGAGGACCAUUCUACCACCAUUUUGUUUUUUGGGUAAUGCAUGUAUGGGGGACAAAAAGGGGGAACUCAACCUACUAUAAACUAGGGCUUUAUGUAAAUUAAGAGAAGGAAGUCUGUAAUAUUUCUUUGGUUAAAAAAACAUUACAUACCAUUCCAAUUUAGACUUAAGAAAAAUAAAAAGAAAGCAUUUAAUGCAGUACAUAGCUCCUAAAUGGUUUUUAAAGCUGGAUGGCUGUAGAUAAACUGAUCACAUAGGCCAGAUCAAGAAUUUCAAUAGAUAUUUGCUCCCUGAAGAAUUUCAGAAAUCUGGAUAGGUCUUGUUUCAUAAACCUCAACACACGCUGAGAAGAGGCUCCCCAAAGAAAUCCAGCCCUUUCCAUUUGGGUAUUGUACUUGGAAUACAAUAAUCCUCCUAAUCAUAGUACCACAGUUACGCUAGCCAAAGGGAUCUGGGAAGAGAUUCAGCAGCCGAGUCUGUUCCUGCUUAUACUAUUGCCAGUUCAGUUUGUGUAUGGGUAGAUUUUUGCAGUUUAAAUGGGAACAUAUCCAGUUCUUAACAUUCCUACAUGGGACAUUUUAAAAAAGAUGUCCCAUGCAUUAACUGUAGGCAGCGUUGUUACAGCCAUGUCGGUCCCAGGAUAUUAGAGAGACAAGCUGGGUGAGGUAAUAUCUUGUAUGGGACCAACUUCUGUUGGCGAGGGAGACAAGCUUUUGAGGUACACAGAACUCUUCUGCAGGUCAUGCACUAACUGGUCAUUGCAGCAGAAGCACAUGUCGAGUUAGUAUUAAUGUAAAACAGAAGGGGCAAUUUAGAAGUAAGAAAGGGACCAAAAAAAAGUGUCUUGUAUAGCUGGAGAAUCUUUGAGUCUCUGUUUUUAAGUCAAAGAGGCUGAAUUCCAGCAACAAAAACAGCCAACACCCCGUUGCUUUUGUUUUCUUUUCCAAUUACUGUAUUAUGAGAGCUGCAGCUGAAAACACUUUUAUAAUUUGUUAUGGCAAAUAUCACAGCUCACGUGCAGGCCUGAUGGUAAUAGCCACCCUAAAGCUACUCCGGGGGUCUUGACCAUCUCAACAGAAGAAUUUUCUAAGCCAACAUGAUUACAACUGGAUUUUGAGAACUUUACUUAAGAAAAAAAAAACAAUUCCUGUGUUUAAUUUUUUUUACCUUUAUCAAAAAGCAACUAAAUUAAAGCUAAAACUCUGUCAUACAUGUUGUUAUGUAUUCCAGCCUUUGUGGCAACAGCGAAGGUCUGAGCCAAAGCCUGCUGAAGUCAAAUCUCGUCAUACGUUGUGUAUAGGCCCAAUGGCACGAGUUAAGGUCAGAAUAGCAACCCAAUAAUUAAAUUCCUCGUUUCAGUUAGUGUAAAUUACAGUAGCAUAUUUGGUUAUAGACUCACAUUUUGUGUGUGCGGACAUACUCUAUAAGGUGUAUAUCUGGGAGGGACACUAAUGAGAAAAAUAGUUUGAAGGUUGAGAUUUCAAAAGUAGCUGGUGCGUCAGAGAUGGAUAUUUCACCAUGCUUCACACAUGGUGGAGGGGGGAUUUGCAUUAGGAACCAGAGGGUUAAUACUACACCUUUAAAACUACAAAUAAACAAGAACGAGAGCCCAGCUCCAUUUUGACUCAAACUGUGCCAUUCAAAUCAGUCGCUUCCACGUUCCAAGUGAAAGUGUCUCACACACUUAUGCAAUGACCUCACUGACGUUCUGUUGGUGUAAGUUUCGCUGGCCCUGACUUGUGCUCUUCAGCCUGACUGCAAGAAAGGGCCGGAUUCAUGAUGCGCUAUUAAAUCAUUUCUGUAAAACAGUCACCCAGAACAAUGCUGGUCACCAGCCCACGGUUUUCAGCGCAAGUGAGCCUAUUCACAUUUUAGAAUGGUUCCUAAUGUUUUAUCAGAUUUCUAAAUUUUACCUGGUGGUAAACUUGCAUUUCAACAUUAUAGUCUGCUAAAUGAAAACAAAAACAAAACAAACAGUAAAUGAUUCUUUCAAGUUUAUAUUUUCUACAUAUUUAUGAUUGCAACGAUAACUAAUUUUCUAAUUUACUUUGUAACCACGUGUGACCUAUUUUACCUGUCCUAUGCAGCUGAGGCACUAAAUAUCAUGACUAAUCAUAGGUGAACUGAUUUCAGUUAAGGGGAAAAAUACCUCAGAUGUUGGCCCCAAAAUCUUUGCAAAAAAAAAAAAA